UCAAAGAAAGUUUCACUUCUCAAGAAAACAGCAAAUUUGUAGAUUAAAAAUUUUUAAAUGCGAAAUACAGAUAUAAAAACAAGUGUCAAUGCUCAACAAAGAACUGAUCCGAAAUAAAAAAUUUCGUUUUCAAAAACGUAAAUAAACAGCUUAUGUAGAAUUCAUGUUAUAUGCGUGUGUUGAUCUUGUUAGCCCGGCAUAGGCCAAGAACUCCGUUCUUCAGUAUACGCUGAAAAAGCGAAUCUUUAUAAUUUCUUUCUUUCAUGUAGAAUAUGCCAGUGAAAAGAACUUAUCAACUUUCAUAACUAACAAUAUUUCUUCAAAUCCUUGUCGCUCAAUAAACAGGGCAUCAGUCAGAUAUAUAUAUAUAUAUGUCUUCAGAAUGCUAAAAAGGAAUUAUUGUGUAUACAUGAUUUUGUAUUUCGUUACUUUUAUAUUCAUAAGUCACUAUUUCAAUUGUGUAUAUAGUGUAGAAGAAAGCACUGAGAAUAAUACUUUAGGAAUUGGAUUUGUAAUAUUGAGCCAAUCCAAUACAUACCACCAGAAAUUGGCUGAACUUCUAAAACUCAACAUCCUGAAUCAGACUUCUAAUCUCAAUUCUAAUAUACAUGUAGAAGUCUUUAAAAAUCAUGAGGAUUUUGAUGAUAUUUUAGGAAAUUGGAUUAUAUGGCCGCUGUUUAGCAAGCUUUCAAAACUUCAGAAUGUGAAAUGGAUUUUCUUCCUUGAAGAUCAUUCGCAUGUUAAUGUUAGACAAGUUAUAAGAAUUAUUUCCACAUAUGAUCCAUCUCAAAAUGUUUUUGCUGGAUAUGCUCUAAAAGAUGUCCAUCCAACUAUAAUUCAUCAUUUUGCUGCAACUGAAGGUGACUCUGUUAUUGUUUAUCCUCAUUUUUCUGCUGGAUUCUUCAUGAGUUUAUCUCUCAUUAAGAAGUUAGUGAAAGGAAAAUGUAAAAACUGUCAUUUUUCUAUUGAUCCAAAAUAUGAGUUAGCAAAAUUCAUUUGGGAUAAUUUUGCUGUUAAACUCGUUCAUGAGCCAGAACUCUGCUUGAAGAAAGAUUCGGAUGCCUGUGCCACUUGGAUAACUGAUGAUUUUCUAGACUGUGGUACAGCAAUAUCAUCAAAGGAGAUUUCCAUUGGUGUUAAAACAUGCAAGAAAUUUCACAAAGAUAGAGUGAAAGUUUUGUUGAAUACUUGGGCUCAUGAUGUUAAGAAUUUGCUGAUGUUCAGUGAUACAGAAGACAAAACAAUUCCUACUAUUAAAGUGAAUGUGAAAAAUGUAGCUUCUGGUCACUGUGAGAAAACACUCUCUAUUAUGAAAUUUUAUAUUGAUAAUAAUAUGUCAUUUAAUUGGCUUGUUAUUGCUGAUGAUGACACUCUUCUCAGUUUUCAACGGCUGAGGAAGUUGCUGGCUUGUUAUGAUUCUUCGGAAAAUGUUGUUCUUGGCGAAAGAUAUGGCUACAAUGUAUGGGGGAAAUUUGGUUAUAAUUACCCAACCGGAGGAAGUGGCAUGAUCUUUUCAAGACCUGCAUUAGAAAAGUUGGUUUCCUUCUGCCAGUGUCCAUCGACUGACUCCCCAGAUGACAUGAUCAUUGGAGCUUGUUUGAAGACUCUGAAGAUCGACAUGACACAUUUGCCUUUUUUGCAUCAGGCUCGGCCAAUCGAUUAUUCACCCGAGUUUCUUGCUCCUUUCAAGCACACAUCCUUCCACAAACACUGGAUGAUCGAUCCUCAUGUUGUGUAUAAAGAAUGGUUACAAGAAUCUGACCAAAGUUUUAUUCCUCAUUCAGAAUUAUGAAAUUGAAUGGCUGCAUUGAAGUGGCAAUACAUCUUGCCUUUUUCAAAAGAAAAGAAGGAAAGAACGAAAAUGCAUCGCUGAAAAUAUCCUUACUUGCCUUUAUUGACUGAAUCACAAUGAUACCAGUUGAUGCAUAUUUUUGGUUUCUUUAUCUAAAAGGUUCCCUGGAGACCAAAUGAAAAUGCUCCUGGAAAGUAAACAUAUUCAUGAGUUGCGAAAUGGCGAUCUGCUUUGACUUUAAAUUGAAUUAAAAAAUUAUUUUGCUAUAAUGUUCAUAUCCACGAAUCUGUUGAAUAAUGUUGCACCAUCUGUGCUCUGAUCUUUAUGUAUUUUCCUCUUUUUUUUAUGUAUAUAGAUAGAAAAACUGUUAGGAUUUUUUUUUUAUUUUACUGGUUGCAGGAUAAAUAAAAAAACCUUAUAUGCAUACAAAUUGUAAUAAAAGUGAUAUGCACUGGUCAUUUGUUUAUUUAAAAAAAAAUAGUAAAUGUGUGUGUUAAUAAAAUACAACCAAAUUCAUUAUAAUAGCAUGUUUAUGCUUAUUGUGAAAGAUAUUAUUUGUGAUUUUCUUGUAUUCCAUCUUCCUUUAUUCAUCUUUGUAUUUUUUUUUCAUUUAUUCUGUUACAGAAUUUUUAUUUCUUCAUUGUUUAUGUUGAAUUAUAUUGUUAUAUAACAUUUUAUUUUAUUAAAACAUGCUAAAUUUUAUUUCUUUUUUGUCCUUUGAAUUUAUUUUUUACUCCCGUUUCUUAUUUAUGCAGCAUGCCACUGCUAUUCGUCUCAUGUCUUAGCCAAAUGGUUGUUUGUUCUAUUUAAAAUCCCUUUCAUUUUGAUGUAU